AUGAUGAAUAAAAUUUGUAAUAAUGCUGAAGAGUUGAUAGGAAAUACUCCAAUGGUUUAUCUUAAUAAAAUUACUAAAGAUGUAGAUGCUAAAAUUGCUGUUAAACUUGAAUAUUUUAAUCCAUCAUGUUCUGUUAAAGAUAGAGCUUCUGUUGCUAUGAUUGAUGAAGCAGAAAAAAAUGGAAAGAUAACUCCAGGAAAGACUGUUCUUAUUGAAGCAACUUCUGGUAACACUGGUAUUGGAUUAGCAUUUGUUAGUGCAAUUAGAAAUUAUAAACUUAUUCUAGUAAUGUCUGCAAAUAUGUCUUUAGAAAGAAGAACUUUAUUUAAGGCUUAUGGAGCUGAAUUGGUUUUAACUGAUCCUUCUUUAGGAAUUCAAGGAGCUUUUGAUAAAUUAAAUGCUUUAGCUAAAGUAAUUCCAAAUGCUUAUGUUUUGGAUCAAUUUAAGAAUCCUCAAAAUCCAGGUAUACAUUAUAGAACAACUGGACCUGAAAUUUGGAAACAAACAAAUGGUGAAAUUGAUGUAGCAUGUUUUGGUGUUGGUACUGGAGGUACAUUAACAGGAACAGGUAGAUUUUUAAAGGAAAAAAAAAGUGAAGUUAAAAUUUAUGCUGUUGAACCAUAUGAAUCAUCAAUUAUUAAUGGUAAACCAAAAGGACCACAUAAAAUACAAGGUAUUGGAACUGAUAUUAUACCUGAUAAUUUAGAUCUUACAAUAAUUGAAGAAGCAAUAAGAGUAAAAUCAGAUGAUGCUAUUUGUAUGGCUAGAAGAAUGGCAAAAGAAGAAGGAAUAUUAUGUGGAAUAUCAUCUGGUGCAAAUGUUUGUGCAGCAUUAGAAUUAGCUAAAAAAUCUGAAAAUAAAGGAAAAUUAAUUGUUACAACAUUAGCAUCAUUUGGAGAAAGAUACUUAUCAACAGCACUUUUUAGUGAAAUAAGAGAAGAAGCUCAAAAUUUAACAUUUAAUUCUAUUGAUGAAGAUAUUGAAUAUUUUAGAAAAUUAUAUAAUUUUUAG